CGAGGCAGAGAGGGAAAGAGAGGGAGGGAGGCAGGGAGGAAGGAACAGAAAGUUUAUGUACAUAAACCUUUUUUUUAAAGUAUUGUUGCACCUGGUAGCUAGCUUUACUGACACAGAAAUGAGAGGUCUGUUCAGUGCUUAAAUAGCUGAGAAACAAUGGGAUAGUGCAGGAAAGUUAACAAUUAACAGUCUCAGCUUAAAUUUUGUAACUGCGGGGAGCUGGAAACACAGCUGCCUCUCUCUUCAGCAAAAUCAGGUCUCMUGGUUAAGAAUUUUUGUUAACAUCUAAAUUUCUGAAAAAUAAGCAGCUUGCARUUGAAUGAGUAUUGUGCAGUUAUGRUUUUAACCAGCCUGCUCAUAUUUAAGUAUCUCUGCUUGUUUUAAAGAGAGCAGCUGCGAAAGGGGUAAUGAGGCUUUUGAAAUGCCUUUUGCUUUACUCUUUUAAAUGAGGGUACAGAGCAAUAAAGAGAGCUGAAGGUAUCCAGCUGAAGAGAAGCAGCAAGGAAGAUGGGUCUGCUAAGUGUGGAUUUGCUGAUCACGCUUCAGAUCUUGCCGGUCUUUUUCUCCAAUUGCCUCUUCCUUGCGCUCUAUGACUCUGUGAUUCUCCUGAAGCACAUGGUGCUGUUUCUGAGCCGCUCUAAGUCUGGGCGCGGUGAGUGGCGGAGGAUGCUGACCUCGGAGGGGCUGCGCUGCGUCUGGAACAGCUUCCUCCUGGACGCCUACAAGCAGGUCAAACUGGGAGGAGAAGCUCCAAACUCCAGUGUAAUCCACAUAGCCAAGGACAGUGAUGGUGGCAGCAGCAGCUGGAAGAAUGUUGGUGGCAAGUGUGGAACCAAAUGCCACCUUCUGGAUUUUGCCAACUCUGAGCGGCCACUGGUGGUCAACUUUGGCUCAGCUACCUGACCACCGUUCACAAGCCAGCUGUCAGCCUUCAGCAAGCUGGUGGAGGAGUUCUCUGGUGUGGCUGACUUUCUGUUGGUCUACAUCGAUGAAGCUCACCCAUCAGAUGGCUGGGCUGCCCCUGGAAUCUCUCCCUCUUCAUUUGAAGUUAAGAAACACAGAAACCAGGAAGAGAGAUGUGCAGCUGCUCACCAGCUUCUAGAGCACUUUUCGUUGCCACCUCAGUGCCAAGUGGUGGCUGACUGCAUGGACAACAACGCCAAUGUGGCCUAUGGGGUUUCAUUUGAGCGAGUAUGCAUUGUGCAGAGACAAAAAAUCGCCUACCUGGGAGGCAAAGGUCCCUUUUUCUACAACCUGCAAGAGGUUCGGCUUUGGUUGGAACAAAACUCCAGCAAAAGAUGAAAUCCAUUCUCUACAGGAGUUAUGUCAGCAGAUGUGUCCCUUUAAGGUGAUGCAAGAGGGAAAAAAAAGAAAA